AUGGCGUCUGUCGAACAGCCCUCCGACAAGCCCAUCAAGCCGGAAGUCUCUGUGAGUGAGGUCAUCGAAGUCGAGAAAGAUGUCGAGUACCCCAGUGUCACAAAACUUACCCUCACUACUAUUGCUGUGAGUCUGGCGGUUUUCUGCAUGUCGUUGGACAACACCAUCAUUGCCACGGCCAUUCCCACCAUCACCGACCAGUUCAAGUCUCUCGGAGACGUCGGAUGGUACGGGUCUGCGUACCUGCUCACCAUCUGCUGCUUCCAGCUGAUCUUUGGCAAACUCUACUCCUUCCUCUCCGUCAAAUGGGUGUUUCUCACCGCGCUCUUCCUCUUCGAGCUGGGCUCGCUCGUCUGCGGCAUUGCGCCGACUUCAAAGGCCUUGAUCAUAGGCAGGGCCAUAGCCGGUCUCGGCGGUGCGGGCGUCUUUUCUGGUGCCGUCCUCAUCGUCAGCAAAACGGUUCCCCUGCACCAACGUCCGACAUAUAAUGGUCUCCUGGGCGCUAUGUACGGGAUUUCCAGCGUUGCGGGUCCUCUACUCGGUGGUGCUUUCACAGAAAAGCUGACAUGGCGUUGGUGGGGCGGCACCAGUUUCUAUAUCAAUCUCCCCUUUGGGCUUGUCGCCGCCGUCUUUAUCUCCUUCUUCUUCACCAACCCGGGCCAGUACACCCCGGGCAAGGCUGUGGAGUGGAAAAACCGGCUAAGAGAGUUUGACGUCCUCGGGACAGCCUUGCUUCUGCCGGCCGUCAUCUGCGUCCUUCUCGCGCUGCAAUGGGGCGGGUCCCAGUAUCCGUGGAAGGACGGCCGGAUCAUCGCGUUUUUUGUCCUGUUUGGUGUGCUUAUCAUCGCCUUUGCUGGCGUGCAGAUCUGGAAGCAGGACAAGGCCACCGUGCCACCGCACGUCCUCAAGCAGAGAACCGUCUGGGCGGCUGCCUUGUACGCGACCAGCAUGUCAGCGUUUAUGUUCAUCUUGAUCUACUACCUACCAAUCUGGUUUCAAGCAAUCAAAGGCGCCUCCGCCGUGAAAUCCGGCAUCAUGAACCUGCCACUGAUCCUGGCCAUGGUGGUGCUGAACAGCAUUUCCGGCAUCCUUGUCAGCGCCGUGGGCUACUACACGCCCUUCAUGAUCGCGUCGUCGAUCAUCUCCGCCGUCGGGAUCGGCCUGAUGACCAUGCUCACGCCUACCACGCCCCUCGCGCGAUGGAUCGGCUACCAGGUCCUCGUCGGCGCGGGCAUGGGCAUGGGCACGCAGCAGCCCAUCACAGCCGUGCAGGCCGCGCUGCCAGCAGCCGACAUCCCCAUCGGCACAGCCAUCAUGAUGUUCGCCCAGACGAUGGGCGGCUCCAUUUUUGUCUCUGUCGGACAGACCGUAUUCCAGAACCAGCUGCGCAGGAACAUUCUGCGGGCGAUACCGGACGAGGGCAGGCAGAUUGCGCCGCUCGUGUCCGGACUCGGCGCCACGGAGAUCCAGGACGUCGUCUCCAGAAAGUUUCCCAAGGAUCUGGCUAAGACGUUGAGUGCGUACAACGACUCGCUGACGGAAACGUGGUAUGUUAGUGUGGUCAUGGCGGGGUUGAGUCUGGUUGGCGCUGUUUUUGUGGAGUGGAUUAGUGUGAAGAGGAAUAAGCGAUAG